ACCGCCCUAUGUUCGGGAGCUGCUCGCUGGCCGCCCGGCCUUGGCGGCACUCGCACAGAGAGUUACAGUGCCACUCAGUCGUAAAUCCGGCAAGGGCAGUUACAGCGCCACUCCUCAGUCGCAAAUCCGGAACGCGAGAGGCCUGAGACCAGAAGAGCGCUUGGGGAAGCCUAGCCGCGCCCACCCCCGCGCGUACCCUGCGGGGCGGGGCCGUAUACGUCAUGACGUACGCAUGCACGCAAGCCUCGACCGCGUCGCUACCGCGCCGCGGUUUUGAACGUGGUUCCCGGGGAGACCGCCGCGGUCAAGCCGCACCAUGGACCGAAGGGUCGUCAAGCCGCCGGGACAGGAUUUAGUAGUGGAGCGUCUCAAAACCCGCUACGGACUCAGGGACAGCUCUCCCGGCAAGGAAUGGGAGAUGAGUGAUGUGUGGCCUGCUCUGACCAAUCAAGUGUAUGAUUUUUCAAAUUUUGAUCAGGCUAAAUGUAAAAGAAGAUCUCUUACCUCCCCAGAUGAUUUGGAUAUCUAUUCAUCUGGAGAUAAAGUUGGUUCAUCAUUAAGAUAUUAUUCUGCUGAAAGCAAGCAUUGUACAACACCUUUUUGCAGUUCAUUCAAGCACUUAAAUAUGAAUUGCCUAGAUGAUGAAUUGGAUUCUUUUCAUGAUUUGAAGAAACAGGAAACAGAAGAAGAAUUAAUUGAGAAUAAUCAUAGAGUUAGUACGUCCAAAAUAACCAAACAAUCUUUUAAAGAAAUAGAAAAAGUUGCCCUGCCAACUAAUAUGGCCUCAGUAAGAGCUCAGAAUGAAUAUUGGAGUGCUGCGAGUGACUCUCCUUUGAAACCUGUCAGUUCCCCAAAAUCCAAAGCAUCAAACAAACAGAGUUUACUUCCACAUCAAGUCAGUCAGAUAUAUGAUGAAUUAUUUCAAAUACAUCUGAAGCUGCAGUGUGAAACUGCGGCACAACAGAAAUUUGCUGAAGAACUUCAAAAGCGAGAAAGUUUUUUACUUGAAAGAGAACAGCUGCUUUUCAGACAUGAAAAUGCCUUGAGUAAAAUUAAAGGUGUUGAAGAAGAGGUUCUUACAAGAUUUCAAAUUAUAAAGGAGCAACAUGAUGCAGAAGUUGAACACUUAACUGAAGUUCUUAAGGAAAAGAAUAAAGAAAGCAAAAGACUGAGGUCUUCUUUUGAUGCAUUGAAAGAAUUGAAUGAUACAUUAAAAAAACAAUUAAAUGAAGUAAGUGAAGAAAACAGGAAGAUGGAGAUUCAGGCUAAAAGAGUUCAAGCUCGUUUAGAUAAUUUACAGAGGAAGUAUGAAUUUAUGACAAUACAGAGAUUGAAAGGAAAUUCCCAUGCUGCUCAUGAAGUGAAAAGUUUAAAACAAGAAAAAGUACCAGUUUCAAAAACUUACAAGGUACCACUUAAUGGACAAGCUUAUGAACUUUUAACUGUCUUCAUGGAUUGGAUUUCGGAUCAUCAUCUUAGCAAAGUGAAACAUGAAGAAUCUGAAAUGGAUGGUGAAAAGCCUUUACUCACAUUUGCUUCUCAGAGAAAUGAUAUUCAGGAAAAAUGUGUAAAGCUUUUGCCUGUGAUGACAGAGCAGCUACAGUGGAUGCCAUUUGUGAAUGCCAAACUUCAUGAGCCCUUUGUAAAAUUUAUAUAUUGGUCACUAAGGCAGCUAGAUGCUGGAACACAGCAUUCAACUAUGACAUCAACAUUGAGGAGAUUGGGUGAAGACAUAUUUAAAGGAGUAGUAACUAAAGGAAAUCAGGAUAAUUUUUUAGAGCAUUCUGUGGAGAAUAAACCAAAGACAGCUGCUUUCUUUAAGAGCUCCAAUUUGCCACUGAGAUUUUUAUCAACCUUAAUUGUUCUCAAAACAGUCACUCAAGCUGAUUACCUGGCUCAGGCAUUUGAUUCUCUUUGUUUGGACUUGAAGACAGAUGAAGGAAAAACCUUGUUUUUGGGAUAUCAAGCUGUUCCGGUACUAUUGAGUCAUCUAAAAAUAUCCAGUAAAGGACUCCUGUCCAAUGUCAUUGAUAGUUUGCUUCAGAUGACAGUGGAAUCUAAAUUCUUGCAGCCUUUUCUGGAAGCCUGUAGCAACACUUUAUUUUUUCGUACUUGCUCCGUGCUGCUUCGAACUCCUAAGCUUGAUCUUCAAAUACUAGAAAAGCUCAGUAUUAUUCUACAGAAACUUUCGAAAAUCAGGAGUAAUAAGAAGCUCUUUGAACUUUUUACAAUUCAUCUGAUGCUUCAAGAAAUACAAAGGACAACACAUCCAGAGCAUGCCUUUCUCUGUAUUAAUCUAAAUUCAACUCUGUUCAAUUUGGGUUUAACAAAAUGCAACUCCCUCACCUCCAAUGCAAGCCAUUAGACUGGCUUAUUUUUUAAUAUAUAUGUUGCUUAUUUUUUAAAAUGUAAAAAUCACCAAAGUAACUAAAAUUCUACCAAGUUACCAGUAGCAUCAUUUAUCAUGAGUGAAAGGUUUUUUUUAAAAAACUUUUUAAAUGAAAUCUACAGAAGCUAGGGAAUUUUUGGAAUGUUUUGGUUCAACUAAGGUAGUACUAAUGUAUAAGAUGGCAUUUCCAGAAUUUAUGAUACUGGGGUUACUUUUUGUGAAAGUAUUUUAGGAAAAUUCUUUCUUAAAGAAGUUGUGAUUAUUUGGAAUAAAAUUGGUGCUUAUGUG